GUGACGGUUUCUACGCCCCGAUAAGCCUGUGCCGUUAUUCAGGACCGAGCGCAGCUUUAUAAGAGCUAAUAAUAUUUAGAGAAAUAACGGAUAGAGAGAGAGAGAGAGAGAGAGAGAGAGAGAGAGAGGAUAUUUCUCCUGAAUUGUGUGAAUAGAGAGAGAGACGCUGUGAUCGUGAGGCAGUAAUAAAGAUGCCCAGUGCACUGAGGAGGGGAUGAAGGGCCUGUCUUCAGCUCAAAGACUUUCAUUUCCAUAAAAUAAACAGAGAGAAAAACAAAACAAAACAAAAUGUCCGGAAAACACUUUAAUGUGCAUGAAGUGGGCUGCUGCAUUAAAUACUUCAUCUUCGGCUUUAAUAUUAUAUUCUGGCUGCUGGGCGUGGCUUUCCUGUCUGUUGCUUUAUGGGCCUGGAGUGAAAAGGGUGUCCUGUCCAACAUCUCAUCCAUCACAGACCUGGGAGGUUUUGACCCGGUCUGGUUGUUCCUGGUUGUAGGGACGGUGAUGUUUGUGCUCGGGUUUGCCGGCUGUAUCGGAGCGCUGAGAGAGAACUCCUUCCUGCUCAAGUUUUUCUCCGUGUUUUUGGGAAUCAUCUUCUUCCUGGAGCUGACCGCCGGAGUCCUGGCCUUCGUCUUUAAGGACUGGAUCAAAGACCAGCUCAAGUUCUUCAUCAACAACAACAUCCGAGCGUACCGAGACGACAUCGACCUGCAGAACCUCAUCGACUUCACACAGGAAUACUGGGAAUGCUGUGGAGCGUUUGGACCUAAGGACUGGGACCUGAACAUCUACUUUAACUGCACUGACACCAACCUGAGCCGAGAGAAGUGUGGAGUUCCCUUCUCCUGCUGUACUAAAGACCCUGCUGAGGAUGUAAUAAACACUCAGUGUGGUUACGACAUCCGAGAUAAAGCUGAGUCAGAGCAGAAGACGUUCAUCUACACUAAAGGCUGCGUGCCACAGUUUGAAAAAUGGCUGCAGGAGAAUCUCACAGUGGUGGCUGGAAUCUUCAUAGGAAUCGCAUUACUGCAGAUUUUUGGGAUUUGUUUGGCUCAGAACCUGCUGAGUGACAUCGAGGCAGUGAGAGAGAGCUGUUUGUUCACUUGACCUCCCGAAGGCGGUGGCGUCUCAGCGUCCAGUUCGAGGGAGGAGGAAUUUUCACCUUCAUUUUUAUUCCUAAAACACUUCAAAUCACUGACCAUGUGUCACUUUCUGAGCCGUACUUCUAUCCUCUUUACUGACCGCAGUUCCUGCACUGACCACAGGGUGGAGUCUAACAUGGGGGGGGGGUGAACAUGAAUUUUCAACACAGUCAACUGACAAAUAUCCUUUGUCAAUCUUAAACCUUGCUAACGGCUAGCGGAAGUUUAUGAAGACCAGCUAGCAUCAUGCUAACACCUAAAUCACCUCACGCACUCAGUGACAGAUUUAUAAAAGCUGUAAGCUAGUCAGUGUUGAACUUUUCAUCAAUUAGCAGAACUUUCAGCAUUGUCGCGGUCAGAAUAUUCCGCUAGCUGUUAGCGAUGUUAGCCUCACAGAUCCAUUUGCAUCUACAUGUGAGGUAAAUGUAUUAUAAAAAAAAAAAAACAUAACUAGCAUAACUAAUUUACUAUAUAAACUUUUUGUCUCUCUAACAUGCUGUACAGAAAUGGGUCGAUUUCAGAGCACUGCUUUUUCGUGAUUAAUUGCUAAAUCUGUUCUAAGUGGCAGGUAAUGAGAAGCACUGCAUGUGUACUGGGUAAUAAUAUUAGCAUAAAAGCACCCAGUAUCAACAGAAAUAGUAUAGAUUACAAGAUAACGCUAACGUUGUGUUUAAGGAAUCUGGAUUUCGGCGUAAAUCCAGACAAAUUUAACUGGUUACUUUUGAAACGACUAGCGAUAGAUAUGCUAACUAUGCUAAAGUGUUGCGUUAAUAGCAAAAACAAAGCUAGUUACCUGAAAGAGAUGUUCAGUUCUUUUCUUUUCUUUUCUUUUGGAAUUGAGGUGAAAAUAUUCAUAAAUAAUUAGCUAACAUUUGAUACUUGAAUAUGUUUAGCAUGUUAUUCGGUAUGGUAGAUUUAAAACACGCCUCACGGUUUGUUUGUUUUACUGGAAUAAAGUGUCGAUAGCAGGUGCUUUGUUGUUCUAGCGCUUUAGAUCAGUAUGACUAAUAUUCUAGCUCUAGUUUAUGUAAAUGUUCUGAAUGUUUUCAUGCUAGCUGUGUGAGAAAGUGUGUUGCACUUACUGGAUUGUCUGGGCUAUAAGAUGUUGUUGUUGGUAAAUUAGUCAGAUAAUUGAUCUACACAUUAUAAAUAAUUGCACUACCGUUAGCUUGGUGCUAAUUGAAAAUCUGCGCUAGCGGACACUAACACUAUUACAUGAUAAUUCUGACGGAGUGUUUAUAAUCCUUCUGUAUGACAAUAACAGAAAGAUUAGAAACUGGUGACUAAACCCCCACACCAGCAGGUGGCACUGAAGUGCCGUGUCAGUAUUUAGUGUGGCGUAUUGUUCACUCUGGAGUAACUUAUAGUCCAGAAAAUACAGUAAAUUAGCUUAUUUAAUUAGCGUAUCUAAGUAGAGCUGGUGGGAGGGAGAGAGAGAGAGAGAGAGAGUUUUGUUUUCGAUGCACAUGAAGAAGAGUAGUGUAAAUACCUGAGAGUAUAGUUGUUGUGUUUUUUAUCAGAAUGAUGUAACUCCAGCACUUGUGUUAUUUAAGCAGGGUUAUUUUUCCCUCCUGGACAGACUCACUGCUUGUGUGUGUUGUGGUUGAUGUGAUUUGUUGAAGUCUUUUUACAGUAUUGUAUUUGAACAGAAUCUAUUCUCCCUCCUGAGGCGUGUGAACAAUAAAGUUUGAUAUGUUUUGGUAAAA